UCCGCGGCGCGCUUGGCAAAAGCGCCUUGGUCUCCAAAGCCAGGCCCCGUUCCGUUCGGUGACAUUUCCCAUUAAUAUCGUGCAGGCGUGCAGGUCGUGCAGGUGUGCCGUCCAUCCGUCCGCGCGUGUGUGUAUAUCGGCAGUGAGCGAUGGCAUCGACCGGUGGAGUGACGGGAGCGGGAGGCAGCAGCGGGGCCCUGGCGGCAGCAACGGUUGCAGCCGCGAACGUGGCAGCUGCGGCGUCCCCAACGACAUCCGCAUCCUCCGCGAACCUGGCGCCACCACCGCAACCGGUCACGCCGUGGCCCAACAGUCGUGACGACUACGAGCUGAACGACGUGAUCGGUGUUGGUGCAACGGCCGUCGUGCACAACGCCUACUGCCUGCCGCGUAAGGAGAAGUGCGCGAUCAAGCGCAUCAACCUGGAGAAGUGGAACACCUCGAUGGACGAGCUGCUGAAGGAGAUCCAGGCGAUGAGCAGCUGCAACCACGAGAACGUCGUCACGUACCACACGAGCUUCGUGGUGAAGGAGGAGCUGUGGUUGAUCCUGCGGCUGCUCGAGGGUGGCAGCUUGUUGGACAUCAUCAAGCACCGGAUGCGCACGGUCAACUGCCGGCACGGCGUGUUUGACGAGUCGACGAUCGCGACCGUGCUGAAGGAGGUGCUGAAGGGGCUGGAGUACUUCCACAGCAACGGGCAGAUCCAUCGGGACAUCAAGGCGGGUAACAUCCUGCUCGGGGACGAUGGCACGGUGCAGAUCGCAGAUUUUGGCGUGAGCGCUUGGCUGGCGACCGGAGGCGAUCUGUCGCGUCAGAAGGUACGCCACACGUUCGUUGGUACACCGUGCUGGAUGGCACCGGAAGUGAUGGAGCAGGAUCAUGGGUACGAUUUCAAGGCGGACAUCUGGUCGUUCGGUAUCACGGCGAUCGAGAUGGCGACCGGGACGGCACCGUACCACAAGUAUCCACCGAUGAAGGUGUUGAUGUUGACGCUGCAGAACGACCCGCCGACGAUCGACACCGGUGCGGACGAGAAGGACCAGUACAAAGCGUACGGCAAGACGUUCCGCAAGCUGAUUGGCGAGUGUCUGCAGAAGGAACCGUCAAAGCGGCCCACCGCCAGCGAACUGCUGAAGCACCCGUUCUUCAAGAAGGCGAAGGACCGAAAGUACCUGACGCAGACGCUCCUCGCGACCGGGCCUUCGAUGGAGACGCGCGUGCACAAGGCUGCCAAACGGCAGGCCGGUGCGUCCGGUCGGCUGCACCGCUCGAUGACAGGCGAGUGGGUAUGGUCGUCCGAGGAGGAGGACAACGCGAAAAACUCGUCCGAUUCGGAGACGGAGGAACGCCCAAUGAACCGGCUCGAGCGGAUGGAUUCGUCCUCCUCCGAGACGGAGGAUACAUCCGAACGGUCGGGCGUCACCGUGACCGGAUCGACGCAAUCGUCCGAUCAGAAAACGAUCGAGGCAUCUGCCGCACUUGGCGCCAUGACGAUCGGCACCGACACGAUGGUGCCGGUCAAUCUGGUGCUGCGUAUGCGCAAUGCCAACCGCGAACUGAACGACAUCCAGUUCGAGUUCGUCGUGGGCAAGGACUCGGCUGAGGAUAUCGCGGCCGAGUUGGUUGGGGCCGGGCUGCUGGACGAGCUGGACGUCGCGAUCAUGUCGGCGAACCUACAGAAGCUGAUCGACAACCGGGGUUCGUUGAAAACGGUCACCUUCCAGUUGCGGUCCGGAUGUGCCCCGGGCGAGCAACUCGAUGAGAAGUCACUAGUCGGUUACGCGCAGAUUUCGAUCAAAUGAAGUGCCGGCGACGCUUUCGCCCACUAAUCCGCGCUCGUUUUCACUUCCGCGCGAUCCCAUUUUUACUGCGCCGUUUGUAUUGCAAUUCGUAGAUUUCCCUCGUAGGAGCGAUAGUUUGCGUUGGACUUAAAAAAAAUGAUGAAGCGUGUCGAUAGAAGAGAACUCUUCUCCCGGUUUUAGGCUAGAAAUAAGUUGUGCAGCGCACGGCGUGUAUCGGGGAGCUCCCUCGCGGAUCCGUCCGGAGGCGAUGGCGAAGAAGGAGGAGAGUGAUAGACAGAAGCACAUGGAAAACCGAACAGUACGAGCGAACGAAAAGUAGUAGCAGCAGAAGAAGAAAACGACCAUUAGCAGCAGCCUGCAGCAUUAGUUUUAGUAAAUCAGCACGGCAGCGGAAGUGAUAGGGAAGCGAUAAUUUAGGGCUUACAACCCUCCACCCACCUCAAUACCCAAAUAGUCUGUAGGAAGGCCACACCACUCGCCCUUCUUUCUUCUCUUUAGGAAUGGAACACUACCAACGAACCAACAGGCUAGCGUCAGCAACCUGUGUAACGGGGCGAGGCACACACGCACGCACUAUUUUAUCAAAACCCGUCUAGAAUCGCUCGCGGUGGAGUUCGAGCCAGGGGAAUGAUGAAAGGGAAGAGUUGUUACGGCCAUUACCGCGAGCCCCCUACCUGCCCGGACACCGGAACGGGCAGGCGAGGGAAUGGAAAAUGAAACAACACACAUGAGAACACGGACUACAGAAUGCAAAGUACCGAAAGUCCUAACUAAGGUAUAACUAUUAUGCUUUGUAGCGCGCCUGUGUACAUAUUUGAGGGUUGGAUGUCUCUUAAUUUGUUAGUCGUUUUGUUUAACGCGGUCAAAUAUUUAACUCACGAUCACAUGUAAAACGGUACCGGUGGGAAUGUACCGAAGGGCGAAGAGGUAGGCUGUCGGGACGAAGAGUUACUCGAAAAUGGUUACAUAACCGGGUAGUUGGUAGCUUGGAACAAGAAAUGCCGAAAAAAAUACACACAAACACAUUUCAGAGAAUAAAACAACGCUUUAAACGAAAUUGAGCUGAGGAAUGGGUGGUGUCACAGUGCCAGGGAAAUGUACUGCAAUUAGGCUCAACGAAAACGCACCUAUUUCGUCUCGCGAUAAAAGAAAAGCUAAGUUAACUUCCCGGCCAUAUCCGAAGACCAUCGUACAAGGAAACACUCGAAGCAAAAACCUAUACACGCAGGAGCAUAGUGCUAUGUUAAAUUCGCGAUGUACGCGAACCUUAUAUUUCCUUUCGUUUUCUAGUGGAAUUGAGCUUUAAAAGCAUUAAACCAUUAGAGCAUCCAAGGACUGGGCUAGUAACAGGAACGGAAACAGUACAGGCGCGGACAGGGCACUCGGGUGGGAAGGACGACGACGACGAUGGUAAGAAAAGCCACAGUAUGUUUGUAUUGCGUUUUUGAUUGAUUGCGUGAAACACGUGUUUAGUUUUGACUGACAAAUAGUAAUUUGAGUAGUAGCGUUUACGGAUUGCAGUUACUGAAAGCAGCAAACAGAGUAAAACAAACAAAAAAAAAACAAGCAAAAUAAAGUAUAUAGAUGCGCAAGCGUAUGUA